UCUCUCUCUCUCUCUCUCUCUCUCUCUCUCUCUCUCUCUCUUUUUCACAAAAGCCAACUCCACUUACAUCACUUGCCCUCCAACCCAAAUCCCUUUCUUGCUCCAACACAAAACCCUAAAAUCCCACCUUUCCCCUUAUUCUUCUAUAUUCCUUCUCUUUCGAUGGAUCCCCACGGUUCUUCCGAGCUCCAACAUGAGCCCCCCAAGUUUCUCCAGAGCCAAGAAAAGGCGGAGACACAGAGGGAGCUACAGAUGGUGAUUUCCACCUCUGAGAGGGAAUUCCCUCUUGUAGCUACCGCGGAGAAAGACGAUCAAAGGAAGCAGCUUGCUCCAAAGAGAAGCUCAAACAAGGAUCGACACACCAAAGUCGACGGCCGCGGCCGGAGAAUCCGUAUGCCGGCCCUCUGCGCCGCCCGAAUCUUCCAGCUCACGCGGGAACUUGGUCACAAAUCCGACGGCGAGACCAUCCAGUGGCUUCUUCAGCAAGCUGAGCCUUCCAUCAUCGCUGCAACGGGCUCAGGGACCAUCCCGGCCUCGGCCCUAGCUGCCGCCGCACCUUCUUCUAUCUCCCACGCUUCCACUGCAGCCGCCGGACUCCACCCCAUGCUUAAUGACCCACCGCCCUCUACCUCUGCUGCAGCUUCAAGGCCCAAUUGGGCUGCCAGCCUAUGGCCGCCGCCUGUUCCUGGAUUUGGUAGUCAAGGAUUCCUCCCGACCUCCAAUCUUGGUGGAAGCAGUGAAGGGCCUGCCGGUGGAGGGUUUAUGCAGAGAAUUGGCUUACCGGGGUUAGAGCUUCCGGGGGCUAAUCUGGGCCAAAUGAGCUUUGCUUCAUUGCUCAGUGGGCAUGGACAGCAGAUCCCCGGGCUUGAGCUAGGGCUCUCCCAAGAUGGACACAUUGGGGUUUUGAACCCUCAUGCUUUGGGCCAGUUUUAUCUGCAGAUGGGACAAGGAAGAGGGGGUGGAAGUGAUGAGCAAUUACAGCAUCAACAUCAACAUCAUCAUCAGCAGCAGCAGCAGAGUCAUGGUUCUCUGAACAAGGAUGAUUCUGAUGGAUCAACUCAGUAAAUGAGAAAUUCCAUCAAUUAUCUAUAUUGGUUUUUCUCUGAAUGUAAUUUUGUCAAGAUAAUGGAGGAAGGAAGCUAGAGAAUAAUUUGUUGUUAAUGAUAUGUGGUGAUUGCUUCUACCUCUGUUCGAUUUAUGGGGAUUAUUCUCCUCAUCCGGGUAAAUUGCUUUCGUUCAAUAAUUCGAUAUGUGGUACAUAUGGCAUGGAAUAAGUGUGUUUACAAUUGUUGUGUCACACUAUUUUCUGUGCAGGUGUAGGUUGAAUUUAGCUGAAUGGCUUACAGUGGAGCUAUAUAUAUAUAGUUUACUAUUAAAGUUUGUAGAUAUUUAGCUUAGGCUUCCUUCAAUGAUUUAUUUUGUUUUCAAGGUAUUGAUCUGUUAGAAUUAUCUUGUUCUAUCUGAAUUCUGAACAAUAAAUCAUUGCAUUUUAUAA